AUGAAAGAAUGUAAGAAAAGAAAAAACGUGAAAACAUAUGAAUAUAAUAAUUAUAAAAAUAUAGAUGAAACAUAUAAAAAAAAUGAUAAUAUUUAUAAACUUUUGUUAAAGGAAGGAAUAAAUUAUAUUGAAAAUGAAAAUAAUAAAAUAAUUAAAAAUGAUAUGUAUAUAUAUACUUUAUUUUUUAAUCAUAUAAAGGAGGAUAAGAACAAAUCUAUAAUCUUUAAUGAAGAGAAAUGUGAAAAAGAAAAAAGAAAAAAAUUAAACAAUACACUAUUAUAUUUAUCAACUAUAGAACAUAAAAGAAAUUCUUAUAAUAUACCCAUAUAUAUAUCACACAAGUAUAAGAAAACAAAAUAUCUAUUUUUAAAACAUAAAAUUUUUAAGAAGAGAAAAAAAAAAAAUAAUAAUAAUAAAAUAAAAAAUAAAAUAAAACAAGAAAAAGGAGAAAUAAAUAAUGUCUUAAAUUAUAUACUUCCUCUUAUCCAAAUGAAAAAAACAAAUGUAGACUUAAAUUUUUUUACAAAUAAAUCUGUAGAAUAUAAUAGUUUCACAAAUUUCUUUUUUAAUAACUAUGAUAAGGAUAAUUAUAUAAUUUAUAAUAAAAAUGUUUGUAAAAAAUUUAUUCACUCGCAAAAUAUCUCAGCGGCAUUGCAUAGUUCGACACGUAAAGCAUCUGUUGAUCAUAUGAAUGGUAAUAUAUGUGAUCAUAUGAAUGGUAAUAUUGGUAGUCACUAUUCUAAAGAUGUUAUAUCUACAAAAAAUAAUGAACCCUUUUAUAAAAAUAUAAAAAAUGAUAAAAAAAUAAGCAAACAAACAAUUAAUAGAGAAGGAAAAAAAAUAUCACCUUUGGAGAUCAAUAAAAAUGAUAUCCUUAAUAAUUCCAGAGAUAAGAAAAAAUUGGGUCAUUUAAAAGAUUAUCUUUUUUGUGAAAAUGAAGAUAAUAUUUUUCAUGAAGCAAAAAGUAUGGAAUAUUCUACACUUAACUCUUUUGAUCAAAAUGGAAAAGAUAAAAAAAAAAAAAAAAUAAUAAAAAAUAAAAUAAUUAAUAAAAAUAAUAUAUGUGAUAAGAAUAUAUCUAGUAGUAAGGAUAAUAUACGCCUUAUUGAGGAUAUAAAAAAUGAUGAUAAAUAUUAUACUUCAAAUAAUAUGUUAUCUUAUCAAUAUAAGAAUAUUCCUUUUAUUAGUCAUAUUUGUCAAUAUAAAUCUGACGACAGUGAAAAAACAAAUUCACAAAAUGAUAGAAAUAAAAAUGAUUAUCACUAUAAUGAUAAUUAUUAUAAUGUAUUAAGAAAUGAAAAAAGAAACAGAAAAAAUCAAAGAGAUAAAAAGAAUGAUAUAAUAAGAAAUUAUAAAAAUGCCUAUACUCAAACUGAUUUUAUAGAUAAAGAAAAAUGUGUAAAUAUAUCAAAUGAAAAAAAUUUAAUGAUAAAGAAUAAAAUUAACAUAAUACAUAAUAAUAUUAAAAAAAAUGUGAAUAUGACUGGAGAAUUAAAAAAUAUUGAAAAUAAUGCAUAUAUAAAAAAUAUUUACAAUAAUAAGAAUGUGUUCCAGAAAAAAACAGAAAAAUAUAUUUCAUCAAAUGAAGAUAAUAAUUCAUUUAGUAAACAAAAUGAAUCAAGUAUUUCAAAUGAGAAAUAUAAUUUUAUAAAUACAACAUGUAUGUAUGAUAAAUAUCAAGAGCAAUUUAGUAAACUGGUUAAGACACCUCACAACAAAAAGAAACAUGCAAAGGUUAACAUAAAAAAUGAUAAUAUGAAAAAUAAUAAUAUGAAAAAUAAUAAUAUGCAUAAUGAUAAUAUGAAUAAUAACAAUAUUUAUAAUAAUAAGGUGAAUAAUCAGAAUAGUUAUUAUUAUAAUUAUUAUAAUAAUGUUUAUGGAUUCGGUGAGACAUUAAAAUUUAUGAAAUAUAGAGAACUACUAAGAAAAUAUAUGGGGACAUUUUAUAAUUAUAGUUCAUUAAAAUGUGCUAGCUAUAUUAUUAUUUACUCAUUAAUAGUAAAGAUUAUUACACAAAUAUCAAAAAAUAUAACAACUUCUAAUUUGUCUAGUGAUACAAAUGAUAUGAACCUUAUUAAUGGAAAUAAAUUAAAUACAAAUUUAUUUUUAAAUAUAUAUGAUGCUGAUGGUAUUAUUCAAAGUAUAUGUUAUAUUGUUUUAUUAAUAUGUAUUAUAUUAUUAAUAAAAUUAGGGAUGCCAUCAACUUAUUUAUUGGCUGGUAGGUUAACUAUAUUGUUUAUGUUUUUGUUUGUUAUACAGAUACCUAUAAUGAUAUAUGCAAAUUUUCUUUUUCUAAAACAGGAAUCUACAAAUGUGAAUAAUAUGAAUAAUAUGAAAAAUAAUUAUAAUAUUCAUAAUAAUGAUAAUAUUAAUAAUAAUGAUAAUAUUAAUAAUAAUGAUAAUAUUAAUAAUAAUAAUAAUUAUUAUUAUUAUUAUAAAAUGGGUGUGAAAUAUAUUUAUGAUAGAAAAAAAGACUAUUUUAAUUUACAACUACAAAAAUUAUGGUCUAUAUUUUAUAUAGAUACUAUGAAUUUAUUAAUAUAUACAAUACUGAUAACAGUUGUAUCCUUAUAUGCUACAUAUCAUAAAUUAAUAUAUCCGCAUUUAUUAAAAUUUUAUCUAGAUCACUUUUUUUUAAGUUCAUAUUCAAUUGUGAAAAAAGAAAUAAUUCAUUUUAGAGUACCUAAUAAUAUUGAUGCAUAUUAUUUAAAUAAAAUGAAUAGUUAUUUAUUUAAUACUUUGUAUAAAAAACAACAAUAUGGUUAUAAAGAAAAUAUAGAAAGUACUACUAGAAGAGCAAUAGGUUAUAAUAUAGUUAUAAAAAAGGAAAAAUGUUCUUUUUUCUUUAACCUAUUUACAAAAAAUGUAUCAAAUAAAAUUUUCAGAUUGAGGAAUGAUAAUAAAAAUCUGAAUUUCUAUAUUAUUUUCUACAUAGGUGAAUUAGAUAAAAAAGGAAGACCACAUGGAUUUGGUUAUUGGAGAGGUAUAAAUUUGGAGGGAGAAGUCUUAAUUGGAUAUUGGUAUCAUGGAAUACCUGUAGGUCCAUUCAAAUGUAGAGAUUUUAAAACAGGUUCUGGUUUUAUGUGUAUAAAAAUUGGAUAUGGAAAAACUAACUGUGAGCUCAACGACUUGGAGAUAGGCCUGGCAGACACCGAAUGUUGUGUUAGCGGGGCCUUUUACAGAACCUUCCCUAGGGUAAUUUUUUAUAACCUAAACCUAACUAAUAAUAAUUCUAAAAAUAGAAAAAACGAAAGCAACCAUGGAAUUUUUGAAAAAAGAGAAUGUUGUGAAUAUUUAAUCAUAAAUAAAGCUAGCAAUGAUAUACUACGUGUUGAUUAUAACAAGCUUUUAAGUGACGAAGAGGAAGAGAAACAAGAAGAAAAGCACAAUGAACAGAACGAAAAUACAAUUGAUAAGGACAAAUAUGAUAUAUAUGAUAAUAAUAAUAAUAAUAAUAAUAAUAAUAAUCAUGAUGAUCAUCUUAGUGUUAAACAUCCAAAUGUUACACAAAAGGAAAAUAAAAUAUAUGAUAACAAAGAAAUCAUCUUAAACAUUCCUAGUAAUUAUAAAGGAGAUGACUUAUGCCCCUCUCCAUUUUUAAAGGAUGAUAUAUGCCCCUCUCAAUUUUUAAAUGAUGACAUAUUAUUAGAUAAAGAUAUUCUUAAUUACGACGAUAUCUGUGAUUUAAGUUAUAAUAUACAAAAUGAAAUACAUUCAACAUUUAAUAAGAAUAUAGAAACAAACAAUACUAAUAUAAAUAUUUAUGAAAACAAAAGCUGGAUUACAAAUAAUAUUUCAUAUAAUAAUUCCUUUGAUAAAGAUAAUACUAAUUUCUUAUGUGAUAUGAAUAUUGCUAUAAAGGAAAACAAGCAAAAUAUAUCUAUCCCUUCCAAUGAUGAUACAGAUGAAAAUAAUUUAACAAAGCUACCUACAAAUAAACUUUCUAGUGAUGAAAAAAAAAAGAAUUUUCUUAAUGUAUCGAAAAUUGCAAGUCAUAAUAAUAUGAAUAAAUUAAAUGAUAAUAAAAAAGAUAUUUCCUUCAACUCAAUUUUGAAAAAUAAAAAUGAAUUAAUAAAAAUUGAACAAGUAAAAGAACACGGAUUAUUAUAUGAACAAGGCAGCUUUAAUUCACAGAAAAAUGAAACAUCUCAUAAAAAUGUUAAAGGAAAAAAAAAAAAAAAUAUAUAUGUUCAUAAAGAGGGAUUAUUUUCAAAAGAAAAAAUUACAGGACAGAAUAAAAUAGAUGAUGAGGAGCAGGACAGUAAGGAUAAACAUAGAAAUUCAUCCAAAAAAAAGUUAUACAAUAUAAUUAAGAGAAAAAUAUCUACUAAAAAUAAAAAUAAGCAAAUACUAAACAUUGGGAAGAAAAAGGAUAAUGCAUAUAUAAAUGAACCUGAAGUAUCAAAAAGAAAGGAUGUUGAUAUGAAUUUAUUGAGGAGUUCUUAUGAGGAGGAUCAAUAUAGAAGAAGAAGAAGAAGAAAAAAAAAAAAUAAUAAAAUAAAAAAUAAAGACAAAGAAAAUAGUAUAACCAAUAGAAAUAAUGAAAUGAAACAAAAUGAAGAUGACGAUAAUUAUGAUAAGGAAGAAGAUGAAGAAUCUUUAGGUAUAUUAUAUAACAAGUUGGUAAAGGAAAAUAUAUAUGAAAAAAAAAAUAAUAAUGAUGAAUUAAAGGAUGAUAAAAGGAAAAUAAAGAAACAUAUAGGAUAUAGUAUGACUAACAAUAUUUUAGAUUUUAAAAGAUUUAGAGGUUUCAAAAGGAGAAAAAAAAAAACAAAAAAGAAAAAAAAAAGUCAUGAUGAUAUAAACAUGAAAAGUUAUGGUAAUAGCAAAGACAAUAAUAAUUGUAAUAAUAAGUAUAAUAAAUAUUUUCAUUUUAAUAAAAUAUACAAAAUAAAAAAUAAUAGAAGAAGGAGGGCAUUUUUACCAAAAGCUUUAUCAGGAACAUUACCAAAAUUAAAAAGGAAAAAGAAAGGUAGAAGAUUAUUAUUUUCUGAUACUAUAACAAAUGUAUAUCAAACAAAAUGUAUGAAUAUAAUACUACAAAAUUUAUGUCCACAUAUGCCAAACUUUGGUAUAAUAUAUAAUACAGAUUUACAUAUAUCAAUAGAUGCUGAAAGAGGAUUAUAUAUUACUGGUUAUAUUAAUAAAAAAAAUUAUAAUUUUUUAACAAGUAGAAAUACAAAAGACAAUUUUGAAGAUAAUGAAGUGAAAAUAAAAAUUAUAAAAAAAAGAAAAAAUAUAAAUAAUAAUACAUUUAAUCAUAAUAAAUAUAAUGAUAAACAUAUAUACUCAUGGAUAGAUGAUAUUAAAGAAUUAAGUUUAGAUGGAUGGGUUAAAUGUGAAUUAGCUGGAUGCUUAGAAGCAGUCAUUUUUAUACAUGGAUAUAAUACAAGUCAUUUAGAAGCUUUACAAAUUUUAGGACAAAUGGCUUCUUUUGGUAAUUUUCCUAACUACAUAAAACUUUUCUUAUUUAAUUGGCCUUCUGGAAAAAAUCUUCUAGAAUUUUUUAUAGCAAAGGAUAAUUCACAAAAUAAGAAGGUCCACCAUGCCUUUAAAUCAUUUCUGGAUACACUAAGAAAUAAUGGCAUAAGACAAAUACACAUUAUCACACACAGCAUGGGAACAAGGAUGUUCCUACUAGCCUUUCACGAUAUCGUAAGUAGCGAUUUAUUUUCGACUAUUGAAGAAAAGGAGAAAGAUGAAAAAUAUCAAAACAAAAUGAAACUAAUAACAUUAACUAUGAUGAACCCUGAGUAUUAUUUAAGCGAUUUUGUAAAUAAAGAAUAUAUAUUUCUUCGCUCAUUCUGUACAGUUAUUUCAAUAUAUUGUGAUUCAAAUGAUAAAGCAUUAAAAUGGGCAGAAAUUUUUAGUGGUACUAAAUCAUUAGGGAAAAAUGUAUUCGAUUUAAAUAUAAAUAAAGAAGAUAUUUCUAAAACAUAUAAUGGUCAAGGUGCCAAUUAUUUAUUUGACAGUAACCAAUUAGAUUAUUAUUCUAUUUCUAUGGAAAAUAAUAAUAAAAUUCAUAAUAAAAAAAAUAUGAAUAUACAAAAGAAUACAAAUGAUCAAAUAGAUUAUAACAUAGAUCAUAAUAUUAUAUCAUCAUUUUUUGAUUGCGAAAAUUUAGAAAUUACAAAUAACAAAAAAAAAAAGUCAAAAUUCAAAAUCAGCAUAGCAGAAAAGUUAAGAACACUUGUUUAUUUUUUUUUUGGAAAAAAAUAUAUAAAAAAUAAAACUUAUAUGAAUGAACAAAAUUCAUUACAAAAAAAUGACAAUGACAAUGAUGAUGAUGAAGAUGAAGAUAUUUGUUCUUUAAAUAAAGAUAAAACACAAAAUAUUUUACAUCAACCACCUAUGUUUAGAAAUACAUUACUAGUAUUUACUGGGAUAGAACCUACUUACUGUUAUAAAGAUAAUCGUGAUUGGUUAGAUGUAGAUGUCAUUGAUACUACUUGGUUAGGUUCAAAUGUACAUACAUUGAGACAUUCUUAUUGGUCAUUAAAUAGGGAAAUUAUUGAAGAUAUAAGAGAAUUAAUAGUUACUAGAAAAAGAGCAAGACAAAGGACAUCUCGAUUAGAUAGAAGAGAAGGAAAUGUAUGGGUAUAUCGUGUAGCACCAUCUCAUUUAAAAUCAAUAUUUGAUUCGGACAUAUAA